CAGCAGUUUGAGAUGAUGGCUGCAGGAGGGCAAACCUCCGAUCUGCAGGACGUCCUGAGAGGACGCAGCAAUGGGGCUCAGAGGGUGAAGAGCAACAUGAUCAGAGUCUUCAUCAGCUCCACGUUUGCAGACAUGAGCAGCGAGAGGAAAGCUCUGCUGGAGAAAGCUUACCCAGAAGUCCAGGCCUUCUGUCGCAGUCUGGGAUUGGUCUUUGAGGUGGUGGAUCUGAGCUGGGGGAUUCGGAACGUGCCAUUUGGAGAGCAUGAAGCCUGUGAGAUCUCCUUGCAGGAGAUCCAGAUGUGUAAGAGGAUUUCUGCUGGUCCAGCCUUUGUUGGCCUGCUGGGGAACCAGUAUGGCCACCGAGCACUUCCUCCUCUCAUAUCAGAAAAGCAGUUUGAAGUUCUUCUUUCGAAGCUUUCCAAAAACCCAGAAGGUGUUAAGCAACUGCAAGAGUGGUUUCUGAAGGACAACAACUCUGUUCCACCCACCUAUGUCCUUCAGCCAAUCACUGCUCAGUUUCUACAACACAGUGACAUCCAGCCUGAGACUGGGAAGCUCCAUGACAAUGAUCUUCUGUCCUGGCACUUCACAGAGAGUCGCCUACUGCAGCUUCUACGCUCUGCAGCAGCUCAGGCCGAGGCCACUGGAGACAUCACGGCUGAGCAGAAACAAUUCUUCAGCUCAUCAGUUACAGAAAGGGAGUUCCAGGAGGGCCUUUGGAAGGACAACUGCGAACCGUCUGCCUUGCUCUUUGUCCGGGAGAUUCCCCGGCAGAGGAUAAAGGAUGGGCCUAAACGUCUUGCCAAAUUCAUGGACAUCACCGUGGACGAGCUGCUGAAUGCUGAAGCUCAGGAACUCCUCACUGGGCUUAAGUCACGUCUGUAUGCCACGUCCAAGAAGAUCCUCAAUCUGCACUGUGUAGAGCUAAGCAAAGGAAGCAUCGACCCAAAGCGCAAAGAGCAUGCUCAGUACCUGGAUAGCAUCUGCCAGCAGUUUGUCUCCCAGAUGACGACCCGGAUCAGAGCGGCAGUUGGCCCGUUGGUGGGGGGGAGGUGGAGGAAGACCUGGGGAAGCACGGAGAAAGAUGAGGAAGAUUUGGAUUGGAUGGUUGAAGAGGUGAGGCAGCACUCUGCCAUGGCCACCAAGUUAAGUAAAGAUCUUCAUGGCAGAGAUGGGCUUCUGGGAAAGAUCUGCAUCACCUUGUGGGAGUCCACCACGGUCCACCAUGGCCCUCUGGUGGUCCACAGUGCUGCUGGAAUGGGAAAAACCACUCUGCUGUGCAAACUGGCACAGGAGAUGCAGGGUGUCCUGGAGGCCAGGGCAGUGUUGGUGAUCAGACUGUUGGCAGCUAAUCAUCCUCAAAGACCCAACAUCAACCAUGUUCUCCACAGUAUCUGCCUACAGGUGUGUCUGACCUGUGGCCUGACUCCGCCCCCCUUGCUGUCAGUCAGCUCUCACCUGGAGCUGCGUCGUUUCUUUCAGGACAUGCUGGGGGAAGUUUCUCGGCAGGGGAAAACUCUGCUUAUCAUCUUGGACUCACUGGAGCAGCUUGCAGAUGAACAUCAGGCUCACAAACUGCACUGGCUGCCCACAGACAUCCCUCCAAACGUUUACCUGCUGGUCUCAAUGGAUACCACCAGUGAGGCGUUCACUAACAUGCGGCUGAAGCUGGGUGAUGCAGCGAAUCUGUUUGAGGUGGAGCCUUUGUUUUAUGAUGAAGGGGAACAGGUCAUGGAGUCCUAUCUACGAGCAUCUCAGCGAACACUGACCCGCGUGCAGAAAGAGAUUGUGCUGCAGAGCUUCAAGAACACUGGCUCUCCUCUCCACCUUAAACUCAUCCUGUCUGCUGCCAAACGCUGGACAUCCUUUACGCCGUCAGUAGAGCUGGUGCUGGGCGCCAGCACGCAGGAAGUGAUGUCAGGACUCCUUCUGAAGCUGGAGGAGAAACAUGGAAAGGAACUGGUGAGCGGGAUCUUGGGGUGCAUCGUGUUGGCAAGGAGAGGCCUGUUGGAGGCGGAGCUGCGUGAUGUCAUGUCAUUGGAUGAUGAUGUAAUCUGUGAGGCAUACAGAUAUUCCCUGCCUCCCACCCCUUCAUUGAUCAGGCUACCACCCCUCCUCUGGGCUCGUCUCAAAUGGGACCUCAAGGACCAGCUGGAGGAGCGUUGGACCGAGGGUGUCGCUGUCAUCGCCUUCAACAGCCGGCUUCUCUCUGAGGUUGUUAAAGCCCACUAUCUGACACCAGAGCGACGGGGGCGGACCCAUAGGAUCCUGGCGGAGUAUUUCCUGGGUCGCUGGUCUGGAAAACUGAAGCCAGCAGCUCUGCCGGGUCUGACACUGCUGCUGUCGGACAGGAAGGUCCCACCCCAGCCACUGUGGUUUGCUGCAGGAUUGGCUAACGUUAGGAAGCUCCAAGAGCUGCCCUAUCAUUUGCUGCAUGCUGGUCUGUGGGAGGAGCUACGACAGGAAGUAAUAGGCAGUGCUGAGUGGCUGUACUGUAAGAGCCGAGUCUGUGGGGUGUCCAGUGUGAUCAGCGACCUGGACCAGUGCUUCAAGUACAUGAACUGCUCUGAAACCGGACUGGUUCGUGACGCUCUGAUCCUGAUGAAGCCUAGCCUGGAUGUCCUGUCGGGUCACAUGGACCAGUCUCUGUUUUACUCUGAGCUGCUGGCCAGACUCUCCUCCCUGUCUUCCACCUUCUGCGCUGUGAUUGGUCAGCUCUGCAGCCAAUGUGAGGACUGGCUCCAGAUGUGUCAAAUGCCGGUUCUGAUCCCGAAGAGCAGCUUCCUGCAGCAGCCAGGGGGGGCGCUGCAGCACACGCUGACUGCACCACACGGAGGCGUGCUCUGUUUGGAUAUUGAUGUGGCUGUGCAGCUGCUGGUCACUGGUUCAGCUGACGGCGUGGUGGCAGUCUGGAGCCUUGAGGACAAACAGCUCAUGUACGCCCUGCAGGGACCUCCAGGGGCCAUUUUGUCUGUGAAGAUCAUCGAAAGCUCCACCCACUGCCUCUCAUUGGCUGCCGAUGGCUCCCUGAGGAGGUGGAGCCUAAAGAGUGGCAAACAGCUUCUCUGCAUCCAGGAGGCAGGACCUGCUGGCCCCGCCCCUUCCUCAGUUCACCUGGAGGUGUCAGAUGAGCUGCUGUUUGUUUACAGCUGGACGCAGGUGAAAGUUUGGAGGCCGGACGGAACAGAGAUCCACCUCGGCAGCAGCGAGGAUGCCUCGUUGGUCAUGGGGGUUUUGGGACAUUCUGUGGUGUCUUUGCAUGGCUCUGAUCAGGUCAGAAUCUCUGACCCGGUUACUGGGACCCAGACUGGGGUAAAGCUGACUCGGAGCCUGACUCCCGUGAACGCAGUGACAUCACCUAAUCAUGGGAACAUUUUUGUGGUAUCGGAGGAUGGAUUCUUGCAUCAGAUCUCCAGGACAGGAAAACAAACCAUCACCCAGUUUCCUCUGCAGCCGUCUCUUGUCUCAGUUUCAGAGGACGAGAAGAUCCUGUUAGCAGGCUGCGAGCAGACUCUGAGUCUAUUCAACAUCUCCAGCAACUCUGUGGACCGGUUCCUAGACCUGCAGCAUGAUGAUAAGGUUUUAUCAGCCUGUGUGUCCUCACACUGCAGACACAUUAUCUCUGGAGCUGCAGACCAGCUCAUCCGGAUCUGGUCAGUGACCACCGGCCUCCUACUGGACACUCUGUGCGGCUGCAACUCUCCGGUCACUUCCCUGCUCUUCUACGACGGCUUUGUGGUAUCGGCCUCGAUGGCAGCUGCUUCAGUCCAGCUGUGGAGUCUGACAUAUGACGCUCGUCACAAACCCCCUGCCCACAUCCCGUUAGGUUCCACCCAUGUAGCCAUCGCCAAAGAUGGAGAUCAGGUUUUCUAUGUUCACCAUCAGAGCCAGAGGGAGGUGAUGAGCUGGAACAACCGCACAGGUUCGCUGUCUGAGCGUUUGGCUGUCUCUGCUGAAGUCAGCUGUCUGGAGCUGGCGCAGCACAAAUGUUUGCUCCUCUGUGGUCUGAAGAGCGGCACCGUCCUCAUCUAUCCGCUGACCUUCCCCCAGGAGACACUCUGCAUCCCCCCUCCAGAGAGCCGAUCCCUGGUGCUCUGUCUGGCCGUCAGCUCCCAGGAGAAGCACCUGGCCGUAGCCUACGAGGACUCAGUGUGUAUUUUCGAGAUCACCACCAGAGACAACUUCCCCACCGUGGAAGGGCCCCUGGGGAAGGUAACGCUGUCACUCCUCCAUGCUCCACUGUCCUGCAUGGCCCUGCUGCCUGACCACAGGCUGCUGUACGGGACGAGCUGUGGGGAAGUGAAGCUACAUGACUUCAGCAGCAGUGAAAGCUCUAACCUGCAGCCUCAUUCCAGCAGGGUCACAUGUGUCACGGCCAGUAACUGGGGGAUGCACGCCCUGGUGGGUUCCCAGGACGGCAUGCAGAGACUGUGGGCCCUGAACCCAGUGGCCCUGGACCACACCAUGGAGUACAAGAGUUUAUUUCCCGAGGGGGUCCUCUGUGCCGCCUUCUCUGACAGUGACCAGUUUGUCUUUACUGGAUCUCAGGACCGGACCAUCAAAGUCUGGGAUGUAGCUUCAGGAAAACUGUUGUACGUUCAGUACGUCUACUCGCCCGUCGUCCGCAUGGUGACGUUCAGGAACGGCUUCGUGGCUCUGUCCCUGCAGGGAUCCGUCAUCCAGGAGGCCUUCCGGUGUCCGGACCACAUCAAUCCAGACCACAACCCUCUGAGGAACAUCAAGGCCCAGUACCGGGUCACCUCCAGGGAGAGGGACAGGGACAGUCAGCAGACCUGUGUCUGUGACCUGCAGGAUUUCAACCCGGCACAGAUCAACCUGAACUUUGUGAACAUGCUCAGAACCAAACCCUCUUCCGCCUGCAUCCUGUUGUAGGACACCAGAACCCAAAAUCAGUUCUGUUUCUGUCAGAUGGGAAUCCUGAAAACUUGUUGCUCACGUUCAUCCAGUAAAAAUGAGUUUGAACUUUAUUCUGAAAUGUUCUGCUGCAGCAUUAAUGAAGCACAUGCUUUUCUCUGAUGAUCACA